CCCUGCGCGACGCACAGCUCCGGCACACAGCUCCCUGGAGCGGGCGGAGAAGGCUGGAGAGCUCGGGAGGCGGAGAAAGCUGUUUUUUUCGUGUUUUAUUCCACUGUUGACUCGAGGAUGUACUGGACGCGCUGGUUCACCGGGUAACGCGGAGGAGACAGAAUCACUUCACUGGAUAUUCGUCUCUCUCACCGCCGCCGCUCCGCCGUGUGGGUCCGGGAGGCAGAGACGCGUCGGCGGUCACCACAGCCCGCUGACACCCGGGAGGAUAAAGAGGUGGAAAGUGACGACUUCAUCUGCGUUUCUACACAGCUUUAAUGAAGAAGCGGCCCUGCUAACGUUCCUGCAGAAGGGACCCUCUUCAACAAGUAUGGGGUCACCAUGGAAACCACUUCUCCUCCUAUCUGUCAUCAGUGGCCUUUCAGAUUUUGCAAGAGCUGUUGCAGCACGGCCUAUAUCAUAUGCUGCAGUAUUACGAAUGAAACAAGACAGCUCUUCGUCAGUGCUCAACUCGCGCAGCAGACCUCGACAGCACCACAGCAGCGGCGGGCUGGUGACUUCUGACUGGCCUGCUUUCUCCAGUCACCCCCUGUCAGCCCUGAGUCUGCUCAGCUCUCAGGAGGACUACCAGAGUGAAGAAAGUGAAGAGUUUGGGCCUGUUUUCAUCCUGGAGCCUGAUGAUGUCAUUUUUCCUUUGGAUUCUACCGAAAAGAAAGUGGUGAUGCAAUGUGACGCACGGGGAAAUCCACCACCUACGUACAGUUGGUUCAUCAAUGGGACAGACGUGGUGGAGGAGGCAGAUUACCGCUACAGCUUCAUUGAUGGGAACUUGAUUAUUACCAAUGCCAGUGAGAUCACGGACUAUGGGAAGUACCAGUGUAAAGCAGAAAACCGCUUUGGGACCAUCUUAAGUCGAGACGCUCUGUUGCAGUUUGCAUAUCUCGGUGCUUUCAGUGGAAAGACCAGAGGUGGGGUCUCCGUGCGUGAAGGCCAGGGUGUGGUGCUCAUGUGUACCCCUCCUCCUCAUUCACCAGAGAUCAUCUACAGCUGGGUGUUUAAUGAGUUCCCCUCCUUCGUCGCUGAGGACAGUCGGCGCUUCAUCUCCCAGGACACGGGGAACCUGUACAUCUCCAAGGUGCAGCCCUCCGACGUAGGGAGCUACAUUUGCCUGGUGAAGAACACCGUGACAAAUGCACGAGUUCUGAGCCCUCCAACACCUUUGACGCUGAAAACCGAUGGUGUCAUGGGUGAAUAUGAGCCCAAAAUUGAAGUGCAUUUCCCUACGUCUGUCCUCGCUGCCAAAGGAGUCACUGUCAGGCUGGAAUGCUUUGCUCUGGGGAAUCCAGUGCCAACAAUCACAUGGAGGAAGAUAAAUGGCAACAUCCCCAAGAAGGCGAGGCUUCGGAAGUCACAGGCUGUGCUGGAGAUCCCCAACAUUCAACUGGACGACUCGGGAACAUACGAGUGCAAAGCUGAGAAUCCAAGAGGAGGCACGUCGUUCAAAGGACAGCUGCAGGUCUACACCUUUCCUCAGUGGGUCAGAAUGAUUAAUAACACUCAGAUGGAUAGUGGAGAGAAGCUCCAUUGGGAGUGCAAGGCCACAGGGAGGCCCCGGCCCACCUAUCUCUGGCUCCGUGAUGGUCUGCCCUUGACACCCAUGGGUCAUGUCGUGAUAACGAACGGAGACCUAACCAUUCACAAUGUGCAGCGGACGGACUCGGGAAUGUACCAGUGUGUUGCAGAGAAUAAAUACGGGGCCAUCUACUCCAGUGCUGAGCUGAAAAUUUUAGCGUCGGCUCCUGUUUUUGUCCCCAACCCUGUCCGGGUCAUCGCUACACUUGGAAAAGACGUGUCACUCGAGUGCAAACCCAGAGCGUCGCCCAAACCGCGGAUAACGUGGAAGAGAGGAGACAGACGGGUACAACCAAAUAAAAGGAUUAUAUUGUUACGGAACAACACUCUGAGAAUUGUUAACUCCAGCCGAGCGGACGAGGGCAACUAUGUGUGCCUGGCGGAGAAUCAGUUCGGCUCGGCAGAGAUGACGGCCAUGCUGUGGGUAAAAGAGGCCAUGCGUGUGGAGCUUAGCCCGGUCAGAGUGGAGGUCACUGUGGGCGAGAGCGUGGUGCUGAGCUGCAAGGCGACACAUGACACGUCGCUGGACGUGGCCUUCCAGUGGUUCUUCAACCAGAGACCAAUCAACUUCCAGCAGGACGGCGGCCACUUUGAAUACAUCCAAACCGUAAGAGCAAGACAGUCCUCGACAGUGGAUCUGAUGAUUCGGAGCAUAUUGCUGAAGCAUGCUGGGAAGUAUGGGUGCCGGGCCCAGACCAGCGCUGACACGGUGUUUGCAGAGGCCGAGCUUCUUGUGCGAGGUCCUCCUGGACCCCCCGGAGUGGUGAUAGUGGAAGAGAUCACAGACACCACAGCCACCCUGUCCUGGACUCGUGGCCUCGACAAUCACAGCCCUAUCAGCACCUAUAAUUUACAGGCCCGCAGCCCAUUUUCAUUAGGCUGGCAAACUGUCAAAACAGACCCAGACCCAGUGACCGGGAACAUGGAGUCAGCUAUUGCUGUGGAGCUCAACCCCUGGGUGGAGUAUGAGUUUAGGGUCGUGGCGAGCAAUGCGAUUGGGACCGGAGAUCCCAGUGCGCCUUCGAGAGGAGUGAGGACUAAAGAAGCAGUCCCAUCAGUGGCACCAGCGAAUGUUAGUGGUGGAAAUGGCCGCAGGCAUGAACUGGUCAUCUCAUGGGAGCCUGUGUCUGAGGAGUUCCAAAACGGCGAGGGCUUCGGGUACAUUGUCGCAUUUCGUGCCAACGGGACCCGAGGCUGGAAGGAGAAGAUGGUGACUUCAGCCGACUCGACGACAUACAAAUACAGAGACGAGACCUUCCCUCCCCUCACCCCGUUCGAAGUGAAGGUCGGAGUGUACAACAACAAGGGAGACGGGCCGUUCAGCAGAGUUGUUAUCAUCCACUCUGCUGAGGGGGAACCGAGGGAAGCACCAACCGAUGUGAAGGCUCACAGCGUUUCUUCAUCGGAAAUCAGGGUCACUUGGAAACCUCCCAACCCUGGUCCUGGAAGACCAAGAGGAUACGAGGUCAGCUACUGGAAAGACAUGGAGCAGGAAGAGUCGGGAAAAAAACAAAGAACCGUGAAAAAUGAAACAUCCAUGGUGCUGACGCGACUGGACGGCAACAGUGUGUAUCUCAUCAUAGUGAAAGGUUUCAACAGCAUCGGCCAGGGUCCUGCGAGUGCUGCCGUCACAGCCAAAACCAGAAAAUCCCCUCCGGCUCAACCUCCAGCCAACCUCAUGUGGAUUCAAGAGGGCAACAACGUGUCUUUAAGCUGGGACCCGGUGAAGGCAAAAGAAAAUGAAUCUGAUGUCAUCGGUUACAUGGUGUUACUCAAACAGGAGGGCAGAGGUCACAACCAGGUGACAAGAACCAUUAACCCGUCCACCAUGCUCUCACUGCCAGAGGGAGGCACCUAUAUCAUGGAGGUGCGUGCCCUCAGCGAAGGAGGAGAGGGAGCCGUCAGCUCCCAGGUUCGAGUCGUCACCUCCUCCGGUGUUCGAGCAAAAAGCAACCAGUGCUCGGUGCACUGUCUGCCACAGAGCCUAGCAUGGACCGCACUGCUCCUGGUUCUUCUGGUGCCUUCAGCUUCCUGGUGAGGCCACUGUGCCCGUCCUCGUUUCCACGGAGGGAGCCACCACUCUUCGCUCCCUCAUUCCCUCUGACUGCCUGCUUGCUUUGGCCUUUCCCAUCUCAAAGGGCCCAAGGCCUGCUGAAGGGGGUCGAGUCUGCCAGUGAACGUUCGGCUCUUCCGAGUUCAUCCCCUUUUGUUUAGUUCCCUUGUUUCUUUCCAGGCCCCGGACAUUUUGAUUUGCUUUGUUGUCAUCGACAUCGACGGUAGUGUUGUACUGUAGUGUACAUUGUGUGGAAAGAUUUGUUUAGUCAUUUACUUUUUAACAUCAUGUGUUCCUCGCAUUGACUGGCAUCGAACCACUUCCAGACGCCUCCUGCAGCUCUGGGGCUCCACAGAGCGUGAACAAUUCCUGGAAAGCUGCUGUGGUAGUAAUACAGGGAUCAGCCGGCCUGUUUCUUCUCAUUACUUAUCUGCAUCAAUUUACCCCUUGGCUGCCUAACAAGCAAUGAAGCAGAAGCUCAGUAGAGAUAAGUGCAUUGUUUUCUUAUUCACACAUUGAGGAGGAAAAAAAUGUUUUUUAUGGAACCAAGAAUCUUACUAUUUCCAGACUUGCUUUUUGUACAUUGUGUUACCUUUAGAGACAAAGAAACAGUGGUGUGUGUCAGCUAUGUCAAACUCUGUUUUUUGGUAGCGAUUAAGCGAUGCUUGGUGAUACAGUUAGUUGACUGUUGGAUGUAUGGAAGUGUGCGACAGGUACGGACUCACCUGUCGUGCCCGAACACACAAAUAGACAAAGACAAC